CUACUGAACCGGGAGAGAGGACCCAGCCGGAGAGGGGGCAGUGCAUAGCUGUGCUGUGAGCGAGCGAGCGUGUGGACAUGUCUGUCUGCGAGUGUUAAAGAGGCUUGGCUGGACCUCGGGAAACCAGAUCUGUCUGAGCUGCAAACUGGAACAAUAUACAGCGCCGGAGCCUGCGGCAAAGGGGGCGAAAAGGGGGACACGGGGCUCAGCACUCUCAGCCGGCAACACAUCGCUAUCCCCCUGGAUACCGCACCGUGGCCUCCGCACCCCGGAUUCCUGCAGGAUGAAGAAGACUCUCUCCGCUAAGAGGGGCCCGUCAGAUGGGAGCCAGCCUCCCAGUCAGCCAGAAAAAGUGGGCUGGAUUCGGAAGUACUGCGGAAAAGGCAUCUUCAGGGAGAUCUGGAAGAACCGAUAUGUAAUGGUGAAAGGAGACCAACUCUACAUCUCAGAGAAAGAGGGGAAGGAUGAUAAGAACGGGCAAGAAGUCUUUGACCUCAGUGACUACGAGAAGUGCGAGGAAUUGCGCAAGUCGAGGAGUCGGUCCAAAAAGAACCACAGCAGGUUCUCUCUGGUGAGAUCCAAGCAACCGGGGAACACGGCUCCGAAUCUGAUUUUUCUCGCCGUCAGCCCAGAGGAGAAGGAGUCUUGGAUCAACACCUUAAACUCUGCAAUCACUCGAGCCAAGAAUCGUAUCUUAGACGAGGUUACGGUCGAAGAAGACAGCUACCUUGCUCAUCCAACCCGGGAUAGGGCAAAAAUUCAGCACUCCAGACGCCCUCCAACUAGAGGUCACCUUAUGGCAGUAGCAUCUACCUCAACGUCCGACGGAAUGCUCACUCUGGACCUUAUACAGGAAGAAGAUGCAUCCCCAGAGGAACAAGGAAACUGUGAACAGAGCUUUAGGGUGGACUUGGACAAGUCUGUGGCACAGUUGGCUUCCAACCGGCACCGGUCAGAUUCUGAGAACUUUAAGUGCCCAGAUAAUAGAAGGGCAGAUAACCUUCGUGGGAGGGAACAAGUUGUUUGGGACAAAUUUGGGGUACAUCGUGAUUCCUUUGGGAAGGGCACAACCUACACACCUCAGGUCCCCAAAAAGCUGUCAUAUUCUGAAAAAAAUAAAUGUGCCUCCAUGGAGGAGAUCUUGUCUCGUUCUGACUCCUCGGGCCAACGGUCAGCGUCCGAAAAGGCACCUCAGGAGGAAAAACUGUCCCAAAUACAGGAACUUAUUGUGCAGAAGAUUGAAAAAACUCAGGAACUCCUCACAGAGGUGAAGGACUGUGGGGAAGGGAAAAAAAGGGGAAAAGAACCCUCCAAAGUGGACUCUGAAAACGUCCUUCAAGAGGCAGAGAGGUUAUUGGGAGAAGCCUCUUCUAACUGGAGACAAGCCCGAAAGGUCCUGCAGGAAGUUAAGGAGCUGAGAGACCUGUACAGACAAGCAGAGCAGCAGUCUCUGGACCCUAAACAAAAACUGAGUAAUGUAUACAGGAAAAGUCUAAUGUGAGGGACGCGGGUUUUACGAACGCUUUCGAGUUUCCAAUAAAAUUUAAAAAAGGGAAUAUUUCCUGUUUCAACCUGCUUCUGGCUUCAACAAGCAAAAGCCAAGGACCAAAAGAAGCUGAGGUGCCCAGAAGAAGGAUGGUGGGGCUGUCUCCACAAGGGUUCCUUGGCUUUGCACGCUUCUUUUCCGCAGGGGGUAGCUGCACUGGCUGCAAAAUGCAGCGGGCUGACGAUAGCGGCAGAGAACUCGCGGAUGAGCUUCGGAUCUACUAUAAGGUCUCCUGCCUGCAAAGUCCAGCCAAGGGUCCUUAGCAUCUGCAGUGUUAACAAUGGGUGUUUUUUGGGGGACGCUGGAGCAGGCGGUGGAUAACUGGAUGGAAUUUUGUGGUACUCACUGCUGUACUUGAGUAUUUGCAAUCCAAUACAAGGCAAAGUAACCCAGCCGAACGUUGCUUGUUUUCAAAUCAGCUUAGUUAACGUCUACCCGUGCAUUUCUCCUUGUCUUACUCCUUAAGCUGCCUUAUGCAGUCUUGAUACCAUUAAGGUCAAGGGAUUUCAUCUCUGGUUAACCUCUUCUCAGAUAUACGUGUAUAUAAGCUGUAGCAUAAACCAGUACUGAGUAUAACUAUGCACUUUUCUAAGCUAGCUUCUUCACCAGGUAACGCUCUGGUCAGAGAUGCCAUUUUAAAUGGAUGGCGAGACACUGUUGUAGUCGGUAUCCACAUGCAGUACGGCGAGCUAGUUUUGGAGGAAAAGGGCUGCAAGGGUGCAAAAUCCAGCCGUGGUCUGCCUCGUUCAUGGCGGGAUUAGGUUUAUUGUCAAAUGUGUGUCUUCCGAUCCAUUUUAUUAAAAAAUCAAAAAGAAAAAAAACACAAA